AUGCCAGUAACAGAGCCCUCGAAGAAGGACCCGAGAGUAUGUCGAGUAGCUCAUGUCACGUUCUGGUCCUUGCCUGCUUGCAGGGACAGACAAAACUGUGUGCCUUCCGGUAAGGAAAAUGACAACACGGCCAAGCUGCAGUGGGCAGCUUGCCCACCAGACCUGCUCCUGCUUCCGUUGAGUUUCUGGUUCCGCGAGGGUGUUAAGGAGUUGGGCUGGGCACCGGGCUUAGACGAGCCUGGUUGCAAUGUGAAUAGCAUCGUCCACUCCCAAGCUAAGCAAGCUGGGUCAGGUGGCAUGGUGACGGGAAGCUGGAUUGCACCUCCUUGGAAGGGCCCCAUGCUGUCUGGCAGAGCCGAGGACGCCGCAUACGACCUCCGGCGAUUUCUGAAAACUGGCGACAUGCCAUCGCUUACCGAGACUACGCCGGCGAUCGCAAAGAGCGGACAACAGCUUCGAUUUCUGACGUUCUGUCCGGAUGCAUCAAACAAUUACACGAUGCGGGUCACCGCCCUGGAUGCGAACGACGAGCCCAUCGACUACUUCGAGGAUGACGAGAUGAAGUUGAUGGCCACCCCUGGCCUACCACCUCCCAAAGGGCAGGUCACCGAGAUGACUAUCGUACCGAAGGGUCAGAUCGGGAAAGAAGCGGAGAAAGGCGCUCUCAAGGAGCCUGGCUUGGAAGCAGGUGCGAACAUGCAAGAGGGAGAGAAGAAGCCCGACAUGGGGGACAUCACCCGGGAGAUCAUGAAGGAAGAGUCCCUGAAGCAAGAGGCCAUGAUGAAGGAGGAGUGA